AUGAAAAUAAUAAUUGACGCCAUUAAUUAUGAAUCAGAUUAGAAUAAUUAUUAAGUAAAAUUAAAAUGUGGACCAACAGUGUUAUAAACAGUGUUAGGAAAUAAUUGGAAUCACAGAUUUGUUUUAGAACAUAAAAAAACAUCAGAAAUCAGAAUUGAAGUUUGGCAGAAACCUAAUGAUGAAUACUAAUUAAUUGGAGAUUCAAUAGUUUUGAGAAUAGAGGGAGCAUAAAGAUUGACAAUAAAAUAAAAUAACAAGGAAUAGGGUUUUAUCAAUGUGUUUUAUAAGGAAGUGAAGGACUCAGUUACACAAUAAAUUCUUAGUUAAGACUCAUUGAAUGUAAGUAUUAAAUGAACUUUAGUUAUCCAAAAUAGAAAAAUAAGCGUAAGCCCUAUAGAAAUUGAAUGAUUCAUUAUCGAUGAUGCCCAGUCCACGUCAAGAUUUUGGAUCUGUAAGUGAAUAUUUCUCAUAAUAAUUUUAAAAUGAAGAUAUCGUAGGAAAUUCAAAGUAAGUAGCCACUAAACUCAUAAAGGAAUCAUUUGACAGAGUAUUACAAAAUAUCCAAAUUGAAAAAGAAACUCAUAUUCAAGAUGAUGAUGAAUAAGUGGAAAACGAAAUAGAAAAAAAAAAUAUUGAGAAGGUGCAAAAGUAGUUGAUGAAAAUUGAUUGCAAUAAAUUGGAGAAAAAAAGAAAACAAAUAAGUUCUGAGAUUCUCCAAUUAGAUGAGAUAGCUUAAUCGUUGAGAAUAGAUUAGAUAGAUUAAAAAUAAUAAAUAUAGAAUAUAAGACAGGAUUUGUUAUAGAAAUUGCUUUAUCUUGAAGAUUAGAUUGAGCAUCUAAAGAAGUAAAUAAGAAAGUAGAAACAUCAUGUGUUUGGAACAAAUCCUAAUUUAGUAAAUAGCGAAAUAGAAAUGAGUUCGAUUAAUUUACAAAAAUAAUUUGUUGAAAAAUGGUAAUAAGAUCCCAAUGUAGAAAAACAAAGACAAGAAUUCAUAUAGAAGUAGAUACAGGAAUGGAAUGACAUUUAAAGUCAAAGGAAAAAGAGGAUUGAAGAACAAUUUAAAAAGAUUGAGUAAGAAGCAAAAAUAAUACUGUAAAAAUAAACUGAGUUAUAAUAAACAACAAAUGCUAAAAAGAGGGAGGAGAUAGAAAAGAACUUAAAGCUAUUAGAAGAACAGUAAGCAAAACGAAAAGUUGAAUUAGAAGAAGCCAAUAAAAGAUUUGAAAAAAAGAAAAAAGAAAAAUAUCUUGCCUUAAAGUAUGCGGAAUAGGAUGCUACAUAUAUGAUUUAAUUGCAACAAGACAGAAAGAAAAUACUGGCUCAAAAUAAAAAUCCCGAUUUUGAUGCAAAAGAAAUCAAAUAAUUCGAAGAUAAAUUUAACUAAAUUCAUCUCGAAAAAUAGAAAAAAAGAAGAAUCUAAUGGGAGGAACGAGAAGCUUAAUGGAAUAAGUUUAAAGCUUAAUAUUAUUCAUCUUCAUAUCAAAAGGCUAAGGAAUAAUAUUAUAGAAUUGGAAAUGUGAUUGAAUAAGAAAAAUAAGAAAGAUUAAAUAAACUUUCAUAAUAUAUUAAGGAAGUAAAAUAGAAUCACAAACCUACUGUCUCUGAAGAACUAUAAGAGAAACUUAUAAUAAUUAAAAACUCGAUAAAGCAUUAGAAUGACUUUAAAAAAUAUUAGUCUCUCUCCAAGAUAGUUCAAUCUAAGCAUUAAUAUCAUGGUGUUAGUAAAGAGAAAUUAUAAAAAAAUAUCAAAAAACAUAAACUUGUGCCUUUAGUGAAUUUGCCAACCAAAAUAUCUCCAAGAGAUGUAGGAGAUUUUUAUUUAAAAUAAAGUGCCACUUAUAAUAUUAAAAAUAUCCCCCCAAUACAUCAAGUUUAGAAGAAUGAUAAUGAAGCUAAAGAAUCAGCAACAUCUCUACCGAAUCCUAAAGUAUUUGAUUAUUUGAAACACUAAAGGAUAAAGAAAGCCUAAUUAGAAAAGGUAAGAGUAUAAAUAUUUAUAGAAUUAAAAAAAUGAAAAUAAUGUCCUGCAAAAAGAAGAUUAAUAGAUGCUUGAUUAAAUUAAGAUGAAGCUAGAUUAUUUAAAGUGA